AUGUUUGCGCUUACCAGAUCCUUGAUGAAAGUCCUUUUGUUGGUUGUUACCGGCGUGUGUGCCACAGAGCUAACGAUACUUACUGGCGAUAAUGGUGCUAUUUGCCGUUGGGUUCAAGCAAAGCCCAAUAAUGACGACUCAUAUAUCAAGUUACUCGUGGAUGAGACCACAGCCGAAUACAAAAUUCCUGGGUUGAUUUUCAAUUACGAAGACAUUGUCAAUUUUGCAUUGGUUCCCAUAGUUGAGAAUUUCACAGACUUGUAUCCCACAAACAAAAGUGAACUAUACCCAAAGAUGUUGGAUGCUGAUGGACAAUUCGUAGUAGAUGCUGCUGACGGACACUCUGUCGAUACACUGGGAUUUUGGAAUGGUGUCAUUGACAAAGAAAUUAUAUUUCCUGUUGCUGAUUCUGGAAUAUAUUGCGUCUAUAUUGCACCCGACCCAAUUAAAGUGUCUGAUUUUGAAUUACCGGUCCAUUUCCAAAGCUUCUAUGGCAAUUUGGACUACUCCGAUUACUUAUCCUACAAAAUCUUACAGUGGAAUUUUAUUGUUUUGGUAGCGAGUAUUGCAGCCCUUCAAUACUUUUUGAGGGUUAAAGAUACAAAAGGUUCACGAGGUUUGACGCCUGUUGAGGCUGUAUCGAAUACACUUAUAUUGUUGACAUUGAUUCCGUAUAUUGUGGAAUUUCUGCUUGUGCUUUUGGAUUUGUUCAUCCAAAAUAACUUAGUUGCACCAUAUCAAAAGACUUCCUUUAUUACCAUUUUUCGACACAUCUGCUAUUUUGUCAUGAGAAUUUGCUCGGUCUUUGACAUGUACGUGGCUCUUUUAUUUUCAAUGGGCCUCGGAGUCAUUUACUACUAUAACGAUGACGCACCAAAUUAUAGAAAGUUUCCACUAGAUUGGUUCAAAAUAGCAACUUCCUUCUUACUUGCACAUGUCUUACUUACAUUUCUUUUGGACUUAUUCAUGGAGUGGGGAGGUACGGUUACGUCAAUCGGAGCCACAGAACCUAUUCUGAAAAUGAGCGAUGCUAUAUUUCUGUUUUACAUGAUGUAUGAAUUUGACUUUAUUUGGCUCAUCUUGUCAGUUUUCUUUUAUUUCAAAACAAAAAAAAGAAUAACGGCAUUUUCUCCCAACUCGGAUAUUGGUUCAACGGAUAAUAUUGUUUGGGCAUUUAAGUGGACAGCAUUGGUCAUCUGGAUCAUACCUUUUUUAUUACAUAUUUUCGAAACCAAAGUCAUGUACCCUUUGACGUCAUCGUCUCUCUCCAGGGAGCUAGAUGAGAUAAUGGCUCAACAAGGAGAUCGUGCUGCUAUUUACGAAUCUUUGUUUUAUAUGCAAUGGUAUGAGAGGCUUCUGAGACGGUUUUGGUACAUGGACUGUUUGCGUUUGGUCUUCAUUCUUCUUCCACUAAGCGCUACUAUUUUAAUUUGGAUUAGAAGUAGCAGUAGACCAACAGCGGUUGUAAAGAUUCAAUAG